UUAAUUUUUUUUAAAAAGGGCAACUUGGAAUGCCAUUUCCUAUACUUGAAUGGUUUGUUUAGAUUUUCCAAAUUUUCAUUCUGAAUUCUGAUUUACCUUGUCGUUUGGUUUCUACGAAGAUAAACACAAGGGGAAGAUGACUGAAUUUAGGCAAGAAAUGCCUCCUGAAGGAGGAUACAGGCCCAUAAAUAUUAAAAGAGUGCCUCCUAGGUCCUACUUUGGAGGUUAUUCACUUAUUGGUGGUCUAAUUGGAAUGACUACUGGAGCUGCCUACCUUUUUUACCUCAAUGUGGGCUCAGUCUAUAGAGAACAAUUAGAGGUUAAAGGAGCAAGUUUAGCAGUUUACCCUAUGCUUAUGGCGGAAAGAGACAGGGCAUUUCUAAAACAACUAAGAAUUAAUCGAGAGGAAGAGAGAGAAUUAAUGAAAAAUGUACCUGGAUGGAAAGUCGGUACCUGGUAUGGAGAACCUAUUUUCGUUGGAGAGCCAAAUAAAUAUGUGGAUCCCAGAAUUCAAGAAUUCUAUGUGCAUUCUAGUUGGAAGGAGGCCUCUAAAAGGAUGGAGUUUAUGCUAAAAUCUUAAUUCUUCAUUUUUCAUUAAAUAGUCAGUAAUUAAGUUUAUUGAAUAAUAUAUCUCUGGUAUUGACUAAUUUUUUUAAAUAUUUUUUUGUCAAUUUGAUUGAACAAAUGUAUUAUAUAAUAAUAGAUAAAUAUAAUUAUAAAUAGUGCGAAUAUAAAACUUACAUUAAAAUAUAGCACCACAAAAUUUAACAUAACUAAAACAAGUGUCUGAUUCAUAAACAGAAAUUAAAUUGACUUAUUCUUUA